UCUGUUUUUCAUCUUUCACUCUUCGCUCGCUUCCCUUUCACCCACCAGUUGUUCGUUCACUUCCGCCGGUGUCAGAGCGUGUUACAGACACACAAGAGACGAAGAUGAAGUUGUGGGUUAGCGCCUUGUUGCUCACCGUGGGCUGUUUCCUGCCGUCGUUCGGGGAGGAGGAGUCGGAGGCCAGGCUGCUGGUGUCCAAAAAUAUCCUGAACCAGUACCUGGUGGAGGGCAAGGACCUCACCGUGGACUACAAGAUCUUCAACGUGGGCAGCAGCAACUCUAACGUGAGCCACGCCGUCAUCCUGCGACCCCUUAAGUCUGGAUAUUUCAACUUCACGUCGGCCGAGCUCAGCUAUCUGUUGUCAGAGGACGCGACGGAACGCACGCUGGACUGGCUAGUGUUCGCCUUCAUGACCCUCCCCUCCCUCGGCAUCCCCUUCCUCCUGUGGUACAGCUCCAAAAGUCGCUACGACCCGGCCAAGGCCAAGAGAAACUGAGUGCAAGUUUUGUUGUGUCCGUUAGUCUGUCUGUUUGUUUGUUGUCCUACGGGC